AUGAAGAUUCCUUGCAAUCUGUUUCUUCCAAUACAACUUGUAUCCAAUGUGACAGAAUUCAUCUUUUUUUCGGAUCCCGAGCCUCCAGAAUUACAACAAUUUACUUUUUUGUGUAUUUCUUUUAUCUACCUCUUCAUCCUCUCUAGCAAUGGCAUUAUCUUCUUUUUGGUCAUCUUUGACCGGCAUCUCCAUACCCCAAUGUAUUUCUUUGUCAGCAAUUUGUCCUUUAGAGACAUGACCUACACUUCAGUAAUUGUCCCGAAGAUGUUGGCCAAGUUCCUGAUGAACCUGAAUACCAUUUCCUACACCGCCAGCUUUGUACAGAUGUAUGUUAUUGUGUCUUUGGGAGCAACAGAGUGUUAUCUCCUGGCCGUAAUGGCCUACGAUCGCUACGUAGCUAUAUGCUCACCCUUACACUACCAAAUCAUCAUGACAAGACAACUUUGCAUAAUACUGUCAAUGGCAGCCUGGUGUGGAGGCUUUGCGGCUCCACUAGCAGCCACCAUUCUUGCCUUAAAGUUACCUUACUGUGGUCCCAACAUAAUCUACCAUUACUAUUGUGAUGAUACUCUGCUGCUCAGUUUGGCUUCUGCCGACAUAUCUUUCCAUUUGUUAGUUGGGUCUUUCAGUGGUGCCGUUGUCUUUUUGUCAAGCUUUUCUGUAAUUUUUAUAACUUACACAAAGAUUAUUUUAACAAUCCUCAGGAUCAGUUCCAAAGGAGGCCGGAAGAAAACCUUUUCUAUCUGUGCCUCUCACUUUACAGUUGUCAGUAUAUUUUUCUUGCCAUUUUUGUUCAUGUACCUUCGUCCACCAGCCAUCUACUCAUCUGAGGUGGACUCUUUUUUGACCAUGUUAUAUACAGUAUUAACUCCCACGAUGAAUCCCAUAAUAUACAGCAUGAGAAACAAGGACAUUAAAAUUGCUUUCCAGAGGAAAAUAGGCUUCAUCUGUACCAGAAGUAGUUUGGCCACAGAAUAG